AUGGAGAAGGACGCGAUCCGUUUCCUUCCUGAGGAUCGUAUUCACCCGGUGCGACAUGCAGACGUGCUCACCGAACGAUGUGAACACGCGCCCAUAUCAGGUGGAGAAGACGAAGAGAAUCCCAACGGAGGACCCCCGCCACCGCUGGCGCAGCGGAACUAUGAACGCUGCUUAGUCACCAGCUCGCCAAGUCCUCGGGAGUGUAUCUCGACGCCGCAAACGGCCGCGGCAGCUCCCACCGGCGACUUGUCUGAAUCCAGUGAUGAUCGUAUGAUCGUGCGGAACGCCUGCAACGUUCUGGUGGAAGACGGUGCGCGUUGGAAGCUGGCGAGCGGCCAUCACAUGGAAGCCCAGGAAUGGAACGCGGCAGCGUCCACCUCGAUGCCGCGUGCGCCGUGGGCUCUCGUCGCCCGUUGUGGAACUCGGGUCCCCCGUCGAGCUCGCUGUUUAGCUCGCACUGCAUACCGCUCUCUCGAUCCACUGCGCUGA